ACAUAGUCAACAACCAUUUUUGAAUUAUGGAUAAAAUGAUCAUUACUGAAAUAAUCUCAACUAUAACUACAAAAUAUUAAAUUUACUAGAAAUUCACAUACCUAAACUACAUUUCAAUUAAUUGUAUACAGAACUCCGAAGACAAACUAGAUGGCCUGCUUGAAAGCUAAAGCAUAUAAUUAAUAAUUAAGCACUCAAAUCAUUGGUUCUGCUCUGUUUUAACUGAGUGUCUCCUUUCCUAAAACCAAGGAGCUGUCAUUUUGAUGACAUAGUUGCAGACCCUACCGUUCCGACCGGCUAAACAGCAAUAAUCUGAGCUUAUGUUCAUGGAACAACUAGAGCUCUAAAGACAGGAGAUCUUAGACUUAGUCAAUUAGAGCUCAUAAUCUGAGCUCAUGAUGGGAACCUUUUGGACCAUUAGGAGAUUGUUUCUGCUUGUAAUUUUGCAUUUUUUACUUGUUUUAUAUGUAGAAGCAACCAUGCAGAAUGCUCUUAAUUUACAGCUUUCAUGAUGGAUCGUAAUUAUCGAUUUAGUUAUAUGCAUCCUAUUGUCAUGAACAGGAACAAUCAGACGUCACACUACCUUCUCAUGCAACAAGAAACCCUUAUAUAUACAUAUUAAGCUAAAGCUCAAUCUUAGCUUCGCAAUAGCAGAAGAUCCUAGCCAGUUGCUAUGGUAUGCUUCAUGUUCAUCAAUUUCAUUGAGUUCUAAUUAAGUUCAAUAAACUAUUUGGGUCUUUUAACUGCUAGUUGAUUUCUAUGCAGGAGAAGUUUGAGGUAGUGGAAGGGAAAGUGGACUGGAAGGGAAGACCAGCUUUCAAACACAAGCAUGGAGGAACUAGAUCGUCUUUGCUCAUACUAGUCGCAUUUGGUUUCGAGAAUAUGGCAACCUUUGCGCUUGCAGUGAACUUGAUCACGUAUUUCAAUACUGUGAUGCACUUCGAACUAGCGGAUGCUGCCAACCAGCUGACCAACUAUAUGGGUGCCGGUUACAUUCUCUCUAUUCUUAUGGCUGUUCUCGCAGACACAUUCCUAGGCAGAUUCAAAACCGUGAUCAUUUCAGGGUGCCUCGAGUUUCUGGCGCUGAUAUUGCUCAUGAUACAAGCUCACUACCCCAAGCUCAAGCCACAGCCUUGCAAUAUGUUUGAUAAACAAGCCCACUGCGAGACAGUUGGAGGAGGAAAUGCUGCUUUCCUCUAUGUUGCUCUCUACACAUUAGCUAUUGGUAGUGCAGGCAUUAAGGCUGCAUUACCGUCACAUGGGGCUGAUCAGUUUGAUGAAAAAGACCCCAAGGAGGCACUGCAAAUGUCUAGUUUCUUCAACCAACUCUUGUUGGGAGUGUGCGGCGGCGGUGCUGCGAGUUUAACUCUAAUUGUGUGGAUCCAAGACUACAAAGGUUGGGACUGGGGCUUGGGGAUAUCUUCUGCAGCCAUCUUUUUCGGCGUGGUCAUCUUUACUGCCGGACUGCCUCUGUACCGAAUGCAUAUUGUUUCUGAGUCCAGUGCAAUCGUCCAAAUUCUACAGGUAUAUGUUGCAGCCAUUCGUAACAGAAACCUUGUCCUUCCCGAAGAUUCUGCAGAUCUCUAUGAGAUUGAAAGGGACAAGGAAGCUUCUGUGGAGGAAGAUUUUCUUCCUCAUAGAAACAUUUACAGGUUUCUAGACAAAGCGGCAAUUCAACAAACACCUUGUGGGCAAGUUGAAACGCCUGAAGUUUCAAGCCCAUGGAAAUUAUGCAGAGUCACCCAAGUUGAGAAUGCAAAAGUAAUUCUUAGUAUGGUACCGAUUUUCUGCUGCACAAUCGUAAUGACGCUUUGUUUGGCGCAACUCCAGACCUUCUCCAUCCAACAGGGCCUCACCAUGGACACAAAACUCACCAACUCUUUCCACAUCCCUCCAGCGUCACUCGUCAUCAUCCCAGUCUCCUUCAUCAUCCUCAUAGUCCCAAUCUACGACAAGCUUUUCGUCCCCUUCGCACGAAAGCUCACAGGCAUCCCCACAGGAAUCACCCAUUUACAAAGAGUAGGCGUCGGAUUGGUUCUAUCCAGCAUCUCCAUGGCCGUCGCAGCUUUAAUGGAAGCGAAACGCAAGGGCGUUGCGAGAGACCACAACAUGCUCGACGCAACCCCUGUUUUGCAACCAUUGCCAAUCAGCACCUUCUGGUUAUCUUUUCAAUUCUUCAUAUUCGGAAUCGCAGAUUUGUUUACGUAUGUAGGGCUUCUGGAAUUCUUCUACUCCGAGGCGCCGAAAUCCCUUAAAUCUGUUUCCACUUGCUUCCUUUGGAGUUCAAUGGCUUUGGGAUACUUCUUGAGCACCAUAGUUGUGAAGAUUGUGAACAGUGCCACGAAGGGAAUUACGAGCAACGGAGGCUGGCUGAUCGGAAACAACAUCAAUCGGAACCAUUUGAAUCUCUUCUACUGGUUGCUUUCAAUACUGAGCUUCAUCAACUUCUGCAUCUACAUAUCUGUUGCCAAGAGAUACAAAUAUCGAAACCAUAAAUAAAUCAACUCGCCUAACAAAAAAAAAAAAAUCGUAAUCUGAAUCGUUUCAAUUCUAUUUCUUCGGUCCAAAUAUGUUUGAAUUUUGUUCUUCAUAGUAAAUGAAAUUGUAGAGGAAAAUUGAUAUGAAAUCAUUCUGUUGCAACUUAUAAACUUCCAUUGAAAUUAAUU